AUGAGGCCGAUAGCCAGCUUAUUCGUGUUGCUUGUUCCGCUCGUUUUGGCGCAUACUAGCUAUGCCGCUCGAGCUCGUUCCUCUAUUUGUUGCAGCUCACGAAGUUGCAAUCACACUUGCACCGACCCUUUGGAACCCGUAACCGCUGUUGAACCCGGUCUAUUGUACAUAGUGAAGCUUCCGUGCCCUGGCUGCUCGAGUUUGGAUAGGAAAGGAAAGAAAAUUGAUGGAGGUGCGUCAGAUGACUUGCUGUUCAACAUUACACUGUCGCACGACCGGUCCUCUCUCUUGUUGAAUGAUAGACCUAUUUUCCCUCAUACCUCGUCAGCCUUCAGCCCGCCCACUAGGUUAUACGCGUACGAGAUAUCACCUACUUUCGAUUACGGCGAUCUUAAGACCGUUCUCGAGUGCAACUUUGGAGACCGAGAUCUUCGCGUAUGCUUCCGCUACCAUGCGGUCUCCACUUUCCCGACUGACUACAACCUUGGCUUUGGAGAGAAGUCUAUACUGGAUAACCAAAGCACGGUACAAUGGGCGAUUACCUACGACCUCAUCGGGUUGAAGCAUGCCGAACAGAAGAUGUUGAAGAUACUAGUGAACGGAUAUGGGUCUGGAACAGAAGAUAAGAAGCCAGACUUGCAGGAGUCAUCUACGCUUUUUGGAUCCCUUAAGGAAGAGCAUGAUCAAACGUACGAGCUUGAGAUUGCAGACAUCGGAUUCGAUCAGGCCAUCCGACCAUAUCCCCUUCCGUCCCCUCUGAAUGCUUGGGGCAAGGUGAAACACUUCUUUGGCCACGAUCCGGAAACACCGAACCAUGUAGUAUACAUCGCAGACGAGUGGGGUAAUUACGCCAAGGAAGGGACAUUGAAAGAGCUAGUCGGUAUUUUCCUAUUCGAUUGGCCGUGGGAUCUCAUAGGAAUCAUCAUUGCAAGUGUUCUGGGCAGCCUAGUAGUCUCGUAUGGUUUUUACCGCCUGAUACUGCUUGGAUUGAAACAGAAACGGCUCGCGCAGUGGCGUGGGAUGGACGAGGUUUGGCGCCAGAUGCGUGCAGGCGAGUUGGAAGGCGAUCAUUUGCUCCGUAGUGAGUAUAGAGACGAGCCAGACGACGGUUUACCGCCACGUUACUCGGCAGAGUUACCGAUCAACAAGCCUUUGCCGAGCAUACCACUCCCGGACAAGCCGUUGCCGGCUGUACCUCUCAUCGACGAUGUAUGA